AUGGCAUCAAGGAGUAGUGGAAUAUGUAUAGUUAUUUUUGAUGAAGUAGAAAAAUUGACGAUAUCAAUAUUUAAUACAAUAAUCGAAUCUAUUGAAUUAUUUCGAGAUCUAUCAUCAUGUAUUUCAUUUGUUAAACAACAAAUAAAAGAAGAUAAAGUAGUUGUUUUAAUAACAACAAGUAUAUUAGAAAAUAUAUUACAAACAUUUGAAUUAUUAACAUCGAUUGAAGCUAUACUUAUUUUAUUGACAGACAAUCAAAAUAUAAAUGUAUUACCAAGUAAAGUUAUUGGUAUUUAUUCUCAGAUAGAUAUGUUAUUAAUAUCUCUAUCAGAUAUACUUACUACAAUUGAACAACAAUUAAAUGUUAAAAGUUUACUUUUUAAUUAUCAAACAAAUGGAAACGAUAAUUUAGAUUUUUAUUUCUAUAAUCUGUGGAAAAAAGAUACUGAAGAAUUAAAAAGUACAAAAAAAUCUCUUGUAGAACAAACUCAUCUUUUCUUACCAUCGAAUGAUCAAAUAAAAUCUUUCAUCAAUGAUUUUAAAACAUCAUACAAAUCAAAUCAAACUAUUACUUGGUUAGACAAACAACGUCAUCCAUUUCCAUAUUAUCUUCUUAUAUCAAAUGCAAUGCGUAUUCAUGAUCAAGAAAUUUUAUCACUUACUCGAUUUUUUUUCAAUGAUCUUACUAAACAAAUAAAACCUAUACCAUUAGAAUCAAAUGAUAAUCAAGUAUAUUUAGGUACUAAAUUAUCAACAGAUCUUGUAGAUCGUCUUGAAAAAUAUGAUAGUACAGGGAUUAUUGCAUUUCAAUGUUUUCUUCCUGUAACAAGAUCAAGAGCUUGUGCUGUAUUUGAAGCUACACAAGCAUCUCGUGGUUCUAAGACAGUUAAUGUUUUAUUUAAAAUUGAUAUAAAUAAUUUAUUAGGCAUAACUCUCGGUGAGACACUUCUUAUUGAUAUCGCAUUACCAUUUCGUAUUUGUUCGGUAUCAAGAGGUGCUAAUACAAAUGAUGGUUAUGAAUUAUUAACUAUAAUUAAAUUAACAGCAUUGAAUCAGAAUGAGAGAGAUCAACUAUUCGAACAAUUUAUUGGCCGUCAAGAAAAACUAGGAAGAACAAUUGAUGAUGUGUUUAAAAGAAUAAGAUUGAAUAUCAGUGACAAUGAAGUUUUAGCAGAUGAAUAUAUAGCACGUGGUGAAUGGUCUGAAGCUCGUAAUAUUUUUGUUCGUAUGAUAAAUCCUAAUGUUCGUGUUCUAAAUAAAUAUGGAUGUUUAUUACGUGAACAUUUUGAUAAUAUCCAAGAUGCAUUGAAUUGUCAUCAACAAGCAUUAUCAAAAGCUACGAAUCGAGAUAAAGCUGAAACUUUAAUUUACUUAGGUUUAGUUUAUGAUAAUAUGAAAGAAUACAAUAAUGCAUUUCAUGUUUAUUCUCAAGCAUUACAAUGGUUUGAAAAUGAAAAAAAACGAGAUUCAAUAAUGAUUGCUCGUUGUCUUAUUGGUCUUGGUAAUAUACAAUGGUCUCGACGAGAACUUGAUGAAGCACUUCAUCUUACUGAACGUGCUUUAGUUAUACGUGAAAAAGAAAUUAAACCAAGAAAUGAUUUUGAUAUUGCUACUUGUCUUAGUAAUAUGGGUAAUAUAUUACAUGAUAAAGGUGAUAUUCAACGUGCAUUAUUAUAUACUACACGUGCAGUUGAUCUUUUAAGUACGUGUGGAAAAGAUGAUCCUCGUUUUGCAGCAGCCUUGAAUAAUUUAGGUGCAAUUUAUCAAACUAAUGGGAAUUUAAUUAAAGCACGAGAAUAUUUUGAACGUGCACUUGAAUUAUUACCUGAUAAAAAUCAUUCAUAUCGUGAAAGUACAUUGAAUAAUAUUGCUCGACUCGAUAUAAUUGAACAAUUGAAGAAAUGUCAAUAA